UGACUUUGACAAUGACAUUUUAAAAAUUGUUAAAGAAAGGAAAGGACAAAAUAAAAGUAAAAUAAUUUCAAUUCUGCAUACAAUGACAAUGUUUUCUUUAAAUAAUCAAUUGGAAUUACGAAAAAUUACUGUAUCUAGUUUAAUUACAUGCAUUUAUUUACCUAGUAUCGUCACAUUUAUUUCAUACAAGGGCGUACUUUACUCGAUUGGAGAAGGAUCAUCAUUCUACAUUUUAGUUCUAAUAUUUGUGGCAGAAUGGCUAAAAUCAUUUUACUUAGCCAGUUCAAAUGACUCGCAAGGGAAGAAGAAUAAAGCUAACAAGAGCAGACUUAGUGAUAUAUUGAAGUCCUUUGCAUUUAUGCUAGUAGUUCUAUUUAGCUUUUUCGUGGGUAUUAUAUUGUUCGGUGCGCCGGCUUUGGAUUGCCACGAGCAGACAUUGAUGCUAUCCGCUUUGAUGACGCUCUUGACUGUGUUUCCCCUGAUAGCUCAUUCAGGAGUCGAAUCGUCCAUGCAGUUAUUAUUUGGAAUAAAAAACUAUGGAAGGAAUACUAUUAUGGAGAUGCUUGUGAAUAAUUCUAUAGUGACGGUUUGCGGGGCAUGGCUGGGCGCAGUGGUCAUCCCCCUGGACUGGAAUACUCCUUGGCAGCAGUGGCCCAUACCAUGCUAUCUUGGAGCGAUUGGAGGCUACCUAUUAUCUAACGUCUUCACAGUGUUUAAAGUGGCUAUGUUGUCAGCAGUGCACAGAUACCCAGUGUUGAAAUGUAUUGUAGACUUUAUCAAUGACCCACAUAAGAUGUAAUACAUUUUGUUAUUCUAAAUUCCAAGUAAUGAUUGUUUUGUUGUUGUUUUUGGCCUUAAAUGUAGCAAAACAUUGCUAUUUAUGAAAUAACUGAAUAUACCAUCCCAAGUUAUAGAAAGAUAUUAUAUUCAAUACUCACUGCCAUGUUUCUUUCAAAAGAUCUUUUGUUUUACUUGUAUAAUAUUUUGCUAUAAACUGGAGUUUGAUGAUAAAAUUGAUUAAGAAAGUAUUUUACGUUUUAGCUAAUAAAUUAUCAUAAUUUAAAGUUUUGAAAGUGAAUGCUAUUGCAUAGUCUGUUAUUCAUGAUUCAACUGGGUAAGCUGAACCAGAGUACCUUGGUAUAUUUUAACCAGUGAUGUCAGAAAGAGGAAUUUAGAAACCUGUUUAUUAAAAAAAUGGGAUCAUCCAAAGCGUGUCGUAAUAGAAAAAAUAUGUAAGUGGUGAGUUUUAUUGCCUCUGUCCACAAGCCCAGUAAAGCGAGACUGCAUGGAACAGUCAAUUCUGGGUUUAAUAAUCGGGACAUCUGGCAUAACUGGUUAAUCCUACCAAUAUUUGCCUUAUGUAUGCAAAACAUAUUUGAGCCUUAUCUUUAUAAUUUAUCAGUAUCUAAAUAUAUUUGACUAACAAGAAAAAUUAAAAAAUGCUAGUUAGACUAUGUAUUGACUGUGUAUUUAAUUUAUGAUGAAUUACUGUUAUAAUUUUGAUAAAGAAAAGUAAAUUUAUAAAUUUACUUUUGAAUAUAACAUCAAAUGAAUGCCGUUGACAUAAUUUUUGAAUGAUGUCGAAUUUCAACAUUUAUCUUUUAUGAUGCCAUUGUUAUAUUUAUCUAUAUUAAAUAUUAUCAAAACGCUUCAUUAUCUCACCAGUAUAUAAGGAACUUACUUUUAAAAUACCAGUAUUUAUGAAUUUAACUUUAGCACAUCUAACAAGUUUAGCACUUUGUAUGUCCACGUAUUGGGAGCGAGGUUUUAUGCCCGACCGUCAUAAUGGGAAGACUUUCCCGCCAUUAUGCGGAUGCUACCGGAAAUUGUAAGGAAACAUGUAUUUACUUGUCUCCUUUCUGGGGAUUCCUUUAAUUAAUUGUAUAAAGAGAGAUUUGAUCUUUACGAUUGAAAUAGCAAUAGGAUCAAUCAUGAAUGUCGUAUGUCUAAACAGGGAUCAAAAUUUUCUAAAAAGGAUGAUAAAAAUUCACUAAACGUUACUUUAUGAAUUACUAACGUUAAAUUAUGAAUUACAACGCAAUUCAUAUCCUUGUUGUCUGAAUAAAAGCUUGUAAAACCAUUUAAUCCUAUUUUCUCAGUUUUUUGGGUGAUACGCCCAUCUCUUUCACACGUAAAGGUGCCGAUAAAAAAAAAACUGAAUUAGUAAAUUAAUAAUUUUAUUUUUUUCUUUUUUAAAUAUUUACAUAGCCUAUUUAUUUAACGCUCUAUUUAAUAAAAAAUAUGAAACUUAA